UCAGUUACAAUUUUGACUUGAAGUCUAACCUGUUUCAAUGUUUUCUCACCUGAAGGUGACUUUUACUGUUCAAUGAUAUAGUUAGAAGUGAUAAAUCUACAUAUGAAUGUAUAAUUAAGUAGAUAUUAUCUUCAUAAUGGUAUACCCUGAGGAACCCUUUUGGGUUUUACCCACGGUAACUGGAUUUUACGAAGAUAGAGAUUAUAGAGUAAAUGUAGUGGAAGCACUUCAAGAAUUUUGGCAAAUGAAACAGUCACGAGGAGCGGACCUUAAAAACGGCGCACUUGUAAUAUACGAAUCGAUUCCGUCCAAUAGCCAGCCUUAUGUAUGUUUCGUAACACUACCUGGGGGUAGUUGCUUUGGUAGCUUUCAGAACUGUCCAACAAAGGCGGAAGCAAGACGUAGCUCGGCUAAAAUUGCUUUAAUGAACUCCGUAUUUAAUGAACAUCCGUCGCGUCGAAUUAGCGACGAGUUUAUUUUGAAGGCAGUACAGGAUGCACGUGCUUCCUUUAAAACAACACUACAAGGCAAUGAAGGGACAGAGUCUGGAAUCGAAGCUUUCAGGUUUAUGCUGGAAGCAAAUAAGGGAAGAACCAUGUUGGAAUUCCAAGAAUUGAUGACUGUAUUCCAGCUCCUGCAUUGGAAUGGGUCUUUAAAGGCAAUGCGAGAACGUCAGUGUUCAAGGCAAGAAGUAGUGGCGCACUAUUCAAACCGCAGUCUAGAUGACGAAAUGCGUGCACAGAUGUCUUUAGAUUGGAUAGCUCGUGAACAUGAUAGCCCUGGCGUUAUCCGAAGGGAGUUGCUUUUGGCCGAACGCGAGCUAGAGACUUCUCGUAUGGCUGGUCGGGAAUUACGCUUCCCAAAAGAAAAAAAGGACAUAUUAAUGAUAGCUCAUAAUCAGCUGGGUGGAAGUAACUUGAACUCGGCCUCUAUUGAUCAUUUAUAAUAACAAAAGAAAACUGAUCUAUUGCGAAGUCAAAUUGAACAGAUAUUUAUAAAAUACAAAAAUCUCUCAUUGGGAACAAAAUGAUUAUCCGACGUGUUUCCAAUUUCACUUUUUCAAUAUUAUCAAAAUCGGUUUAAAAUCGGAAAAAAAAAUUUGAAUAAUGUGCAUCUAAAUAACAUACAAAAUUUGUUUUUAUUUGAUGGCAACUAAUUGUAAUAGUACAAUUUAGUUCUAGUGGGCAAUCUAACACAAAUAUUUGUUUAACCAAGCCUCAGAUGUUGUGGUGUGGUACGUUAAGUGAGGUUUACGCCAGAGGGUAAAUACAAAUUGUAAAUUGGUAAUCGAAAAGUUUUGAGUCUCGAAAAUUAAUUUAAAUUAUUUGGAUCAAAUGGCAACACGCUAAGCUAAGUGAAAAUGGAAGCACGGGUAUAUAUUUAUAUUAUUGGCAUACCAUAUGAUCUCCAGUAAAAAGGACAAGUCGAUUUAAGAUAGAAAAAAUAUUAUACAUUCCAUGAACUCUUUCAAAAAUAAA